AUGAGGACUUGGAUCCUUCUUGCCUGUCUCUUGGGUGCAGCAUUUGCUAUUCCUCUGCCACCUCAUCCUGGACAUCCUGGUUAUAUCAACUUCAGCUAUGAGGUGCUUACCCCUUUGAAAUGGUAUCAAAGCAUGAUGCGACAGCAGUAUCCCUCCUAUGGUUAUGAACCCAUGGGUGGAUGGCUGCAUCACCAAAUCAUCCCAGUGCUAUCUCAGCAGCAUAGCCCAAGUCAUUCCUUACCGCCUCAACACCAUAUCCCCAUCAUGGCCGCCCAGCAGCCAGCGCCACCCCAGCAACCAGUGAUGCCAGUACCAGGACAGCACCCCAUGGCACCAACACAACACCAUCAACCCAACCUCCCACAGCCAGGCCAACAACCAUACCAGCCCCAGCCAGCCCAGCAACCACAGCCUCACCAGCCCAUCCAGCCCAUCCAGCCCAUCCAGCCCAUCCAGCCCAUCCAGCCCAUGCAGCCCAUGCAGCCCAUGCAGCCCAUGCAGCCCAUGCAGCCCCAGACCCCAGUCCAUGCAGUGCUACCCUUGCCACCACAGCCACCUCUGCCUCCAAUGUUCCCCAUGCAGCCAAUGUCCCCCAUGCUGCCAGAUAUGGAAGCUUGGCCAGCCACUGACAAGACCAAGAGGGAGGAAGUGGACUAAUUGGGGAACAAGAAACCAGAAAAGAGAAGAAUUUAGACAUUUGCAGUUGCUAUCCAGAACAACUACAAGAAUACAAUAAUUUGUGCUUACAAUAAUUCUUCUCCUUAGUAAAUUCUGUAACUAAAAAUGAAUAACAUUAGCAGACAAUAAAAUGCUUUAAACAUU